UGAAACCCUAACUCAGCAAGUCCUCGGGCCGCCGUUACCUGCUGGGGGAGAAGCUUUUGCUGAGAGAGACAGAUCGGAGAUGACGACCCGCUUCAAGAAGAAUCGUAAGAAGCGUGGCCACGUGAGCGCCGGUCACGGUCGUAUCGGCAAGCACAGGAAGCACCCAGGUGGUCGUGGUAAUGCUGGUGGUAUGCACCACCAUAGAAUUCUCUUCGACAAGUAUCACCCUGGUUAUUUCGGGAAAGUAGGUAUGCGCUACUUCCAUAAGCUUCGCAAUAAGUUCUACUGCCCUAUUGUGAACAUCGACAAGCUCUGGUCAUUGGUUCCUAAUGAGGUCAGAGAGAAGGCCUCCAAGGACAAUGUUCCCUUGAUUGAUGUUACUCAGUAUGGGUACUUCAAGGUUUUGGGUAAAGGAGUUCUGCCGGAGAACCGACCUGUUGUGGUGAAGGCCAAGCUUGUUUCCAAGAAUGCGGAAAAAAAGAUCAAGGAGGCCGGUGGGGCUGUGGUUCUUACUGCUUAGGUUCUGGAUACUUUUUCUGUUCAUUAGAAUUUUGUUUCUCUGUUGGUAGUUCCUUUGGAAUUGAUUGAAAUUUAAGCUUUGAUCUAUUCGAACUCGUGUCAAGGUAAUGCUUUUGGUUUUCUUUUCCCUCAAUCCCGCGCUUUCCUAGUUCUCUGAGUUUCUUACUGUUGAUCACAUCUUUAAUAUUAUUCUCUAUGAAAUGGACGAUUUUUUACUUUUGAUUCAGAAGUUGAUGUGCGUAGUGACAAUAAAUCUUAUAGAA